AUGUGCUUUAAUCCCAUUCUGGGUGGGGCUUUGGGGGUGUGCUCAGGUGAGCGGGAUCAGCUGCGCCAGCGCCUGCACGAGGCCGAGGCCGCCCAGGAGCGGCUGCGGGAGGAGCAGGAGCAGCAGCGGGGGCAGCUCGAGGCAGAGCUGGGGCAGCUGCGGGCGGCGCUGGGGGAGGAGCAGCGACAGCGGGAGCUGCACGAGGCCGAGGGACGCGCCCUGAGACAGGAGCUGAAGGACGUGCGGGACGGGCAGCGCAUCCUGGAGAAGAAAGGCAGCGCCGCCCUGAAGGACCUGAGGAGGCAGCUGCAGCUGGAGCGGCGCCGGGGGGAGCGGCUGCAGGAGAGGCUGCAGGAGCUGCUGGUGCCCAGCAGGACCCGCUCGGGGCUGGAGGAGCUGGGUUUGGACGGGGGCUCCCCGGGGCGGGGCCCGGGCGGUGACAGCAGCUCCGUGUCCUCGCUGGGCCGCGAUGGCUCCGCCCCCGGCAGCACCAAGUCGGGCUCGGGCAGCCCCGGGGGCGGCAGCGCCGGGGGGGUCCCGGGCGGGGGGGGCCUGUCCCCGGCAGAGGUGGCCGAGCUGUUCCAGCGGCUGGCGCAGAGCCAGCAGGAGCGCUGGCUGCUGGAGGAAAAGGUGAGGCACCUGGAGGUGUCGAGCGCGUCCAUGGCGGAGGAUCUGUGCAGGAAGAGCGCCAUCAUCCAGAGCUUCGUGCGCGACAGCCGCACAGAGGCCGCGGGUCCCGCGGGGCCCCCCCGGCGCGGGGCGGGGGCGGGGCCAGGUGAGGAGGGGCUGCGGGAGAUGAACAAGAAGCUGCAGAACCUUCUGGAAGAGCAGCUGACCAAGAACCUGCACCUGGCACAGGACCUGGAGUCGCUGUCCCAGGAGCUGGCGCAGCUCAGGAAGGAACAAGCGGCCCCCCCGGGACCCCCGUGAGGGGCGGGGCCUCUCCUUGUGGGCGGGGCCUGUCCCCCCGCAGGCUCCGCCCCCCGGCCGGGGCGCUGCUGCGUUGCCCCUUUAAGGAAGCGUUGGGCCUCCCUGGCAUUGCCCCUUUAAGGCGGAACACUUCCGUGGCAUUGCCCCUUUAAGGGGGGGGGGGGGGUUCUUCUGGAGGGCGUUGCCCCUUUAAGACCGGGGGCGGUCCCCGCCGCGGCAUUGCCCCUUUAAGGAGGAGGUGGUCCCCACUCCGGCGUUGCCCGUUUAAGGGGGUCCCGCAUGCGCCCCCCUCUUUUCCCCCCACCCCAAUA